AAUUGCAGGCUGAUUUUUAGCGUUUUAAUCAAAGCUAGAAAGAUCGUUACAUGUUUAUAAUUAAAACAAAAAGGGGCUCAUAUGAAAAGUUAGAAGCCAGAGACUCGAAUUGAUGUGAAUCAUUAAAAUUUCUAUCUCUCUUGCCAACAAGUCGACCAUUUCAGGCUAUUGAGAAGGCGUCAAAUACAAACAAUUUUUCCCAUAAACAACUUCAAAUUGUAAACUCAGUUCAAACUUCCUUGAUCUCUAAAAUGAACCGGUCAAUUCGUCAAUCGAUGGUAUCUGCUUCCCUCUCCCCUCUGUCAAUUGCAGUGGUGCUGCUGGCCUCCCUUCAGAUGCUCAUUUUUCUCCAGUGGGGAUGUGACGCCAGUCCCUACAAUCUGGCCAACUACAGAAAUGCGGGCAAGAGGUCUUCUCUCUCCUCCCACCAGUCCUCUCUCCUUUUUCCAAUCGCGGAAGACUUCCCACUUUGGUACGACUUGCUGAACCUACCUUCCUCAUCUUUUGGGGGAAUAGAGAACUCCCCCGUGUUCCGAUCACCGCAGCAUUCACAAUCUACUAGUUCAGGACUGGAAUAUCUUUCUCGACCGCCUCUGGAAAACAGUCAAAGAGAUCCUCUUCAGGGAAGCAGUGUGGGGCCUGCUAACAAGAGAAGUGCGGCCAGCUGCAUGUGGAAAUCCUCCUGUAGCAACUUCGACUCCCCCUCUAGACCUCUCAGCCACUGAGAAUGUCUGAGGAGAGAAAUGGAAAGGCACCCCCACCCACCAAGUCGCUACCAAAACACAAUACAAACAGAAGGCCUCAAAUCUCUAGAGAACUUGAAAAGUGAUUUUAACUGUGAGCUUGACAUGAAAAGUGGAGAUCACAGUUUGGUGUUGACAAAACCGAACAGUCUUUCUUUUCGUUCAAGAAAUUCAAUACAUGCCAAUUUGUCAAAUGAUUAACAUUUAACAUUAAAAAUUAGUUUGUCUGAAAUGA